GCUUUAGUUAUUUCUCUUACAGAGCCUAAAACGAUAAUACCAUAAACUUCUAUCUUAAAAUCCCUCCCUGAUUGUGAGCACCAUAAAAUGUUUAAAAGAUAUUUCGUGGCACUAAUUAGUAACUUCUCACGUCAUUAUAUUCUAAGUGAAUUAACUUUUACCUCUAGAUAUUCCUCAACCUGUUCCACAAGAAUAGCCGGUUCUUAUACAGACCCUAGAUACGAGCUCGUUGGCAAAGUCAGAGAAGAUAGAUUAUUUGAGGAUAAUGGAGUCAGCUACGUCACAAGGAACUUACCACGCUAUCCUGCUGCAGAUGAGAGACAUUAUUACUGGAAUCUAUACGUGAAUAGGUACUUUGAGUGGGACCCUGACUGCGACAGUGAAUAUGGACUUAACAGAGAGGAUUUUAUAACAACUGUAGAGUAUUCAGUGGAUAUUUCAUGGUCUCUUGGAAUCACCCUUCUUUUUAGUAUAGUGUUCUUUAUUGUAUGUGGCAUACUGUUGUGCGUCUAUAAUGUUAUUCUGAACCAGGAUCCUGGUGAUGAUAGCUGCUCACUUAAGAAUGUAGAUGUUGGAGCUUUGGUUAUUAAGGGUGUAUUGAUCUUGAUUAUCAUCUGGUACUGCUAUUCAAAUAUUGGAGUUAUAAGCUCGUAUAACCAAACUGUUGAUGUGUUAGCUCAAGGAAAAUGCUCAGAUUUAUUCACUAAUAAGAUCUUCCUGAGUUAUAAUAAAGAUCUGUAUUCAUCAAGCGGCAAAAACUAUUUAGCCUUGAUAAUGUCUCUAAUAAUUCUCGCAACAUGCUUGAUUUAUUCAUGAAUGGUAAACUUGCCUUGAUCUUUAGGUGUGUACUGGAAAGUUAGACGAGGUUUACGAUCAAGAACAUGAUGCAUAUAUGAGACUUGACGAUAGAGCACCCUUUAGAAACUUGAAUCAACAAGUGUAUUAAUUCUUUGAUUAAAAUCGUCACACAAAUCCUUUUCAAGAUUACUAUUUGUGUUAUCGGAAAGUUUGCACA